CCUUUCAAAAUUUGUCCCGUUGUGAGAUUUUUCUUCCGUUAGGUCAGGCUUUUUCUUUAAGGAAAGUCACCCCACCAAUCAAUUGCACUCUGCUUUUUCUCUCUCGCAGUGUUCUCCUCCCAAUCUGUAGCAUCUCUCCCACGCACUCAACCCUCUCUUUCUCCCUCUCAAAACUCUCCCGUCCUCUCUUUUCUCUGUAACGCAGAGAAAGUCACCAAACCUCGACGAAUCAACGCUCAAACCGCGCCUACAUCCACCCUCUUGACCUCGCGAGCUCGAACCCGAGCUCCGUUUCGCAGGAAACCGAGACUAGAGGCUCUAGCUCGAAGCUCCGACGAGAAAGAAACUUCCCGACGAAGUUCCCGACACUUUUCUGACCACUCAACACCGUUUUGGAAGAGUUGAAAGACACCACACAACUCCCUAACGUCCCUGGGUCAAGUUUGAGGCAAUCCCCAACUCGAAAACACACGGUUUCGAAGCUUUGGGUUUUUGGCCGAGACUUUCAGGCCAAUUUCAGUACAUUUACGUCUGCUUUUUGGAGUUCCAAGAGUUUCUGUCGAUUUCAGGGACCUUCCGGCCUGUUUUUGGCUAAAUCAUGGCGAGUUAGCCAUUGCUAAGGGUACCAAUCUGUUCGUCUCAUUCCGAGGUGUCGUCUAAUACACCUUGACUUCGGUUGGGAUCUGUCCAAGUUCGUGAAGCACCACUACGAGUUCCAGACAUAUGAUUUAUUGCUGAACAAAGCAUAAAUAUCAUAAUUUCACUUUUACUCUGGACAGUUGUAUUGUGUUGACUUACAAUACAGGCGAGCACUGAGCAGGAGACAUACAAAAGCCACAAGCAAAGAGGAGCAUUAUAGCCGUAGUCUUUAAUUUCAGAAGGCAAUGGAAAUUAUAAUUGCAAUUGCCUCAAAAAUUGGAGAAUGCUUGGUCACACCAAUAGGAACAGAGUUUGGCUAUUUGAUUCAUUACCAUUCCAACCUUGAAAGUCUUAGGGGUGAGAUAAAAAAGCUUUUUGACAAGAAAGAUGGAGUGCAAGGAUGGGUAGAUGCUGCCCAAAGGAACGGUGAAAAUAUCAAACCCGAUGUUCAGAGUUGGCUAAAGAAUGUGAACGACAUGAUCCAAAAAGUGUCGCAUUUUGAGGAUGAAAUUAAUAAGAAAAGGCGAUGUGUGCAUCGAUGGAGCUUGAGUCGGAAAGCCUAUAAGAUUACACAGCAUGUUCUUCAGCUCCAAAACAAAGGAACGUUUGAAAAUAUGGCCCAUCCUGCACCUCCACGAAAGAUAUGGUCAACAUUCAAAGAAGGUUUUAAAGAUUUUAAGUCCAGAAUGGCAAAGAUCAAUGAGGUGAUAGAGGGUUUGAAGAGGGAAGAAGUAAGACUGAUCGGGAUCUGUGGAAUGGGAGGUGUGGGUAAAACCACAAUGGUGAAAGAAAUCAUCACAAGAUUGGCAGAACUGAACCUGUUUGACGAAAUCGUAAUGGCAACUGUGUCUCAAAGUCCAAGUGUUAAGACGAUCCAGUCGGAAAUUGCAGGCCAAAUAGGUUUGAAACUUGAUGAGGAUCCCGAGUCUGUAAGAGCACUAAAGCUAUAUGGGAGACUCACGGAAAUAAAAAGGAUCCUGAUUGUAUUAGAUGAUGUAUGGACAGAGCUUGAUUUUAAGGCUAUAGGACUUCCUUACGAAGAUACUAAUAAAGGGUGCAAAAUUUUGUUGACAUCACGGAAUUUGGAAGUCUGCAACGAGAUGAGAAGUCAACAAAUUAUUGAAGUCCGGACUUUAACAACAGAAGAAUCACAGGAGCUCUUUAGAGAAAUGGUAGGUGAAUCCUUCGAUGAUCCUGAUUUACAUUCCACUCCAAAAGAUGUUGUGAAGGAAUGUGGAGGUUUACCUAUUGCUAUUGUUACUGUUGGAAAAGCCCUAGAAAACAAAAAGAAGCAUGCAUGGGAAGAUGCCCUUAAUCAGCUGCGAAAUUCUAACCCAGUGAACAUCCCUGGAGUGGACAGCAAAGUUUAUUCUAGCAUAAAAUUGAGUUUUGAUGGCUUGGAGAGUGAUGAAGCAAGGUCAUGCCUUUUACUUUGUUGUUUAUUUCCAGAAGAUUAUAAUAUUCAAAUUGAGUAUUUGGUUCGAUAUGGGUGGGGUCGAGGAUAUUUUAGCAGCAUCGUUACUUUGGAAGAUGCAAGAAAUAGAGUGCAUUCUUUGGUUGACCAACUAAAAAGAAGGUUUUUGUUACUAGAUGGUGGCAGGAGUGAGACUACAAAAAUGCAUGACAUAGUUCGCGAUGUUGCCAUAUCGAUUGCUUCUAGAGAUCCACAUCGAUUUCUGGUAAGAAGUCAUGCUGAAAAUAAAGAGUGGCCAAAUUUAGCUACAUAUGACACAAUCUCACUGGUUGGCGAUCUGGAGAUUCCAGUUGGUUGCCCAAAACUUGAGCUUCUACAGACGAUGAAUGGACGUUUUUCAAAAGGUAGCAUGGACAUCAUUUGUGAUGCGAUGAAAGAACUGAAGGUUUUAGCUUUGGUGGGAAUGGCAAUGAAAGACCUAGGCUCAUCAAGAUCACCAGGAGUACUGAAGAACUUGCGGACCUUGAUCCUAGAUGGGUCUAACUUAGAUGGCAUGUCUACUGAUGUUAUUGGGAGUUUGGAGAAUUUAGAAAUCCUCAGCUUUCGGGAUUGUUUUUACAUGUGUGAGUUGCCGAGGGAAAUUGGACGACUUAAACAGUUGAGGUUGUUAGAUACGACAAACUGCAUGAAUCUUAAGGUGAUUCCACAUGGUAUCUUCUCCGGCUUAAGUAGACUUGAAGAGUUGUAUAUGAUGGGUAGCUUUGAUAAAUGGGACCUUGGAACAGGAAGAGAAGAUAAGAGGAUGGCAAGCAUUUCUGAGGUGAUGUCUCUGUCUCAUCAUUUGAAGGUUCUAACCGUACAGAUGCCCCCCAAUGUCAUCCACUUGUUGCCAAAAGACAUAGUCUUGAAAAGCCCAACAAUAAAAUUCGCUAUUGGAAGUACCGAGAUGUUUUCGAAGAUGUUUUCGGAGAUGACAACUUAUGCAUUCAGAAACUCACUAAUUAUUGAUGAAGGUGAUGCAAGGGAGUUGGAGAGUCAAGCAGUUAGGCUCUUGUUGAAAAAAUCUGAAGAUUUGUUUUUGUGCAAAGUUAAGAAUUUCUCUGUCCUCACUGAUUUAGACCAAGAGGGAUUUCAAGAUUUGAAAUAUUUGACUCUUGAGCGUUGUCCAAAUACUGAGUAUCUUGCAAAUGGAACAAGUGUGACCCAGCAGACACCAUUUCCUCACAUACAAUCAGCUAGUCAACUUCCGAAUAGCUUUUUGACCAACCUAAGAUUCCUUCGAUUGUUCAAUUGUGAUGUCUUAAAAUAUGCCUUUUCACUAUCAGCGAGAAACUUGGUACAACUCGAGGAAUUAGAUAUUGGUGACUGUGAUCAAAUGGAAGAAAUUGUGUCGAAGCAGGGGAGGGAACAUGAGAAUGAAGCCGAUAUAAUAUCUUUCAAUAAAUUAACCAAAUUGAGUCUCUGUCAUCUACCGAGUUUGGUUGGUUUCUUCCAAGCCAACAAGCUAUACUCCAACCAAGAGGAAACAACGCCAAGGAUUGAGCAUCAAUCUGCAGGAAUAUUUGAAAAAGCAAUAUUUCCAUCAAAGUGCAUUUCAUGGUUUCCAAGUUUAGAAGAGGUAGAAUUGAGUGAUAUGGAGUUUGAAGGCGUGCUAUUUGAUCUGAAAAACAUUCCGUCUGGAUUCCAGGGCUUCCAAAAUUUGAGAUAUUUGGAAUUGAGACGUUGUUAUGGUCUAGAAUAUGUGUUCUCGCAUUUAAUUGCCUCGGAACUUUUGAAUCUUGAAGAGGUAAAGAUAGGUGGAUGUCGGGACAUGGAAACUAUAGUCAGAAUCACAGAGGAAAAUGAAGAAGAGGCGACAAAAGACAUGAUUUUGUUUCCGAAACUGAACAGAUUUGAUCUAAUAGGCCUGCCUCGUCUCACAAGUCUUUGUCCAGCGGGAUCUACAUUUCAAUGGUCAUCCACAAAAGAUAUGCGCGUGGAAGAAUGUCAAAAAUUGAAGACAUUGGGUGCUGUAAUUCCACAAAGAAAGAAGUUGGAGAAUAAGUCUGAGAAGGAUUCAACAAGUCAUGAUUUCAGCACCUCUCCAACACGUUCAUCAAAUUGGUGCCCUGAUGGAUGUGGAUGCAUACCAUAUUCAAGACCAAACGCCCAACGCCCCAUUGAAAUAUUGCCACGUCCAAUUAAUCAGGAGGUUACACCAACUAAUCUGGAGGACUCAAAUGAUGAUGAUAAUCUCGAAUAUCUUAUUGUACUUGGCUGUAAUUCAAUGGAAGUGAUUUUCCAACUCAAGGGACCGGAGCAUGUAGAAAGUAGUCACUCCGUUGAAGCAUUCAAAAAAUUGAGGUACUUGGGGUUAGUUAGGUUGCCAAGUUUAAUGUGUGUUUGGGAGACAGGUAGUUCACAACCAAUGUUCACAGGAAGCAGUUUCGGAAACUUGAAAUUGCUGCGGGUCUAUAGUUGCAACCAGUUGAAAUACUUGUUUUCUUCGUCCAUAGUCAAACUUCUUGCGAGUGUAGAGGACAUAAAAGUUGGGAAGUGUGAGCAGAUGGAAGAAAUCGUUGCGGCAGAAGAAGAAGCAGGGGAAAUAAUUACAUUACCUAAAGUGAAGUCCAUCGAGCUUGGAAAUCUGCCAAAACUCAAGUAUUUUUGUGGUGAAGCUUAUACUUUGAAGUUGCCGUCUUUGGAGUUAUUGAAGGUUAUUAAUGUGCAAGACUUAAGGCCAUUUGAUUCUAAGCUUGUUGACACGCAUAAUCCCCGAUUGCAAGUAAACCCCGCAUUUCGACAGGAAUGGACAAGGUGAGAGUAUUACGAAUUCUAUGGGGAGGAUGGAGAUGACUAACACAAUUGAUUGAUCAAGCACAAAGGACAAGAGUUUACAGAACGUUGUGGUUUCAGCAAUUCGUUUACUAUAUCAUAUGUACAAGCCAAUAAAAGGUCAUUUGUUGCACCAGAAUUUCAUUCCAAAAAUACUAUUUAUGUUGCUUAUUUACGUUGUGAUUAUCAAUGUUUGUUUCUAAAUUAGUGUUUGCUUAUUUGUUAUGAUAAUUUGGAAACGUUGUCUCUAGCUACCAAUAUUUGCAUUUCAAUUUAUAAUGCUAAAAGUUCUGUAAUACCAUACACGUGUAAGAUGAAUGACAUGUAUGUAGAAUGACACAUGUAAUAUUGAUCAUACACAUGUAAGCUAAAUAAUAUUAUGAUA